GACGUCAGCACUGGCCUCUUCCACGCUCUGCGCCCUAAACCCGUCAUCAUUUUUACCGGGAGAGGCGAAGGGCAUCCGGGAUACCGGCCGAGAGAAGAGCCGCUGAGACACUCCUUGAGUGGACACUGGACGUUUGAUCAGGACCCUCCUGCUCUGGGACGGACCUGGGUGGAGUUUAUUUCUUUGUGAUUGUUCGGGACAUCCGGCCCAUCGGACUGACUGGCACCGCCGUGUGCGUGAUUCUUUAAGGACUGCUCAUGCAUCGUUUAAGGACUUGUGCGGCGCGGUUGCGCCCACUCACCGCCUCACAGGCGGCACAGACUGUCGGCCAGCAGCGCCCAAUCACAGUCGCCUCCACAGGCAACACAAGGACGUUUCAGCCAAUCAGGUGCUACUCUGCACCUGUGGCCUCGGAGCCGUUUCUUAAUGGGACGAGCUCCAACUAUGUGGAGGAGAUGUACUACGCCUGGCUGGAGGAUCCCAAGAGUGUUCACAAGUCAUGGGAUGUGUUUUUCCGAAACGCCAAUGCCGGCGCCCCUCCCGGUGCGGCCUACCAGUCCCCUCUGAGUCUGUCUGGGCUCGCCGUUCCACAGCUCUCCUCGCUGGUUGGAGCUCAGCCCAACGUGGAGAAGCUGGUGGAGGACCACCUGGCGGUGCAGUCGCUCAUCAGAGCGUACCAGAUCCGAGGGCACCAUGUGGCCCAGUUGGACCCGCUCGGCAUCUUGGACGCUGAUCUGGACUCGUGUGUCCCCACUGACAUAAUCACCUCCUCCGACAAGCUGGACCUGGCUGUGUUCAAGGAGAGGCUGAGAAUCCUCACGGUUGGAGGCUUCUACGGCCUGAAUGAGUCGGACCUGGAUAAGGUGUUCCGGCUGCCCACCACCACCUUCAUCGGCGGCUCGGAGACGGCGCUGCCGCUGAAGGAGAUCAUCCGCCGCCUGGAGAUGGCGUACUGUCAGCACAUUGGCGUGGAGUUCAUGUUCAUCAACGACCUGGACCAGUGUCAGUGGAUCAGGCAGAAGUUCGAGACUCCUGGAGUGAUGCAGUUCACGCCGGAGGAGAAGAGGACGCUGCUGGCCCGCAUGAUCCGCUCCACCAGGUUUGAGGAGUUUCUUCAGAAGAAGUGGUCCGCGGAGAAACGCUUCGGACUGGAGGGAUGCGAGUCCCUGAUCCCGUCUCUGAAAACCAUCAUCGAUAAGUCCUCGGAGAACGGCGUGGAGAACGUCAUCAUGGGCAUGCCGCACAGGGGUCGUCUCAACGUCUUGGCAAACGUGAUCCGUAAAGAGUUGGAGCAGAUUUUCUGUCAGUUCGACUCCAAGCUGGAGGCUGCUGAUGAGGGCUCCGGAGAUGUGAAGUACCACCUGGGAAUGUACCAUCGCCGCAUCAACCGCGUGACGGACCGGAACAUCACCUUAUCUCUGGUGGCAAACCCGUCCCACCUGGAGGCCGUGGACCCCGUGGUUCAGGGCAAAACCAAAGCCGAGCAGUUCUACUGCGGAGACAACGACGGGAAACGGGUGAUGUCCAUCCUGCUCCACGGAGACGCUGCCUUUGCAGGUCAGGGAAUCGUUUACGAGACCUUUCACCUGUCCGACCUGCCUUCCUACACCACGCACGGCACCGUGCACGUGGUCGUCAACAACCAGAUCGGCUUCACCACAGACCCCCGCAUGGCGCGCUCCUCCCCCUAUCCCACCGAUGUCGCCCGGGUCGUCAACGCCCCCAUCUUCCACGUCAACGCCGACGACCCAGAGGCCGUCAUCUAUGUCUGCAAGGUGGCCGCCGAGUGGAGAGCCACGUUUCACAAAGACGUGGUGGUGGACCUGGUCUGCUACCGCCGGAUGGGUCACAAUGAGAUGGACGAGCCCAUGUUCACCCAGCCGCUCAUGUACAAGCAGAUCAAGAAGCAGAAGCCGGUCCUGCACAAGUACGCCGAGAAGCUGAUCGCAGAGGGAGUCGUGAGCAGACAGGAGUACGAGGAGGAAAUCUCAAAGUACGAUAAAAUCUGCGAGGAGGCGUACGCUCGCUCCAAAGACGAGAAGAUCCUCCACAUCAAGCAUUGGCUGGACUCGCCCUGGCCCGGUUUUUUCACUCUGGAUGGACAGCCCAAGUCCAUGAGCUGUCCCUCCACUGGACUGGGCGAGGAGGACCUGAGCCACAUUGGACAGGUGGCCUCCUCUGUCCCGGUGGAGGACUUCACCAUCCAUGGAGGUCUGAGUCGAAUCCUGAAAGGUCGAGCCGAGAUGAUCCGGAACCGCACGGUGGACUGGGCUCUGGGAGAAUACAUGGCGUUUGGAUCGCUGCUGAAGGAGGGGAUCCACGUCCGACUGUCGGGACAGGACGUAGAGAGAGGGACGUUCAGCCAUCGUCAUCACGUCCUCCAUGACCAGAACGUGGACAAGCGCACCUGCAUUCCCAUGAACCACAUCUCCCCGGACCAGGCGCCGUACACCGUCUGCAACAGCUCUCUGUCGGAGUAUGGCGUCCUCGGCUUCGAACUGGGCUUUGCCAUGGCGAGUCCCAACGCCCUGAUCCUGUGGGAGGCGCAGUUCGGAGACUUCCACAACACGGCCCAGUGCAUCAUCGACCAGUUCAUCUGCCCCGGCCAGGCCAAGUGGGUCCGACAGAACGGCAUCGUGCUGCUGCUGCCGCACGGCAUGGAGGGCAUGGGCCCAGAACAUUCUUCAGCUCGUCCAGAGAGGUUCCUGCAGAUGUGCAACGACGACCCGGACGUCAUGCCUAACAUCACUGAGGACUUCGCCGUCCGUCAGCUCUACGACUGCAACUGGAUCGUGGUGAACUGCUCGAACCCGGCAAACUACUUCCAUGUUAUGAGGAGGCAGAUCCUGCUGCCCUUCAGGAAACCUUUGAUCGUCUUCACUCCCAAGUCUUUGCUGCGUCUCCCGGAGGCCAGAUCCAGCUUUGACGACAUGCUGCCGGGAACUCACUUCCAAAGAUUGAUCCCUGAUGGAGGAGUGGCAGCUGAGCGUCCUGAGGAGGUGAAGAGGUUGAUCUUCUGCACCGGGAAGGUUUACUACGAGCUGACCAAGGAGAGGAAGAACCGAGGCAUGGAAGGAGCUGUAGCCAUCGCACGCAUGGAGCAGCUCUCUCCCUUCCCAUUCGACCAGGUGAAGGCAGAGGUUGAGCGUUUCUGCAACGCAGACCUGGUCUGGUGUCAGGAGGAGCACAAGAACCAAGGCUACUACGACUACGUGAAGCCUCGCAUCAGGACCACCAUCAGCAGAUCCAAGGGUGUCUGGUACGCCGGAAGAGAGUCGGCAGCGGCCCCGGCAACAGGAAACAAGAAAGCUCACCUGAUGGAGCUGCGACGCUUCCUGGACACUGCCUUUGACCUGGACGCGUUCAAAGACCAGCAGUAAACCUGCGACCUGCAGCACCUGGAACCCCCCCCACCCUGACCCCCACACACAGUCUGCACUACUGACGACAGCACAGAAACUAGCACAAACGCGUCCUUCGGGUCCAUCGCAGAUCAGGUGAACUUUCCAACAUGUGGAAUCACAGGAUUCGAUCAAUCCGGCCAACGUGCAGCCAAACGGAACGGGAAGCACGCCGCAGCUGUUGUGCAACAUCAGUGCUGUGGUCAGUAGAUCAGCAGCUUCUCCAAACGCCAGCCUCCUCCACAGCUGCCUCCUCCACCCAUCGCUUUUAUUUAGAGGGUUUUAUGGGUUUCAUGCUUGAUCCCGGCUGCAGCUUCACCUGAGUAAUCAUAACAUGUUCCAGAUUUGGGUUUUUGUGCUGGAACUGCAGCUGUGGAGGACACGGUGUUCAGCUGCUCCUGAUGACGUUGAGCCUGUAACAAAAGCGUGAGGGUACACCCCUCCCUCCCUCCCUCCGUCCACACACGGUCACCACACCGUUUUCCUCUCUAGUCUUCUGCCUUCAUCUUCAUCACGACUCCUGAUAGGCUGCAGGACAGGAGUCUUCAUUGAGCUGCUCAUUAGCAUCGUUAGCUCUCUAAUGGGAGUCCUGCUAACGGGGGCGACACCAGGGUCGCUUCGGCUGAUUCAUGAACAAACCUUUGUAAUUGGUCACCACUGCAACACUGAGGUUUUACCAGCUUUUAUUUUGAAGGGUAUGUGCGCCUCUCGACAUGCACUGCUGAUCACCCGUUUCCCCCGCGGCUUGCUCUGCCCCCACCAUCAGACGAGUGUUCAUCUCGUGCCAAAAAUCGUCUCCCAUCUUUAGAAUCUCUCGUUUCCGUGUCGCAGUGAAAGUGACGACAGGAAAUGACAAAACGACCGCUACAGGCUUCAAAGAAAAUCAUUUAUUUAUUUUCAUAAAAGGGGAUUGAGGUCUUCUUUUGUUAUGUUGCUUCAUUCAAUAAAGGGUUAUAAACUGAA